AGUGCUGUGGAGCACGUCAGAGCCGCCUGCUGCCAUCUUAGCGACCCUGGCGUCCAACUCAUUCCUCUUCUUUCUUUUCAGGCUGAUCAUCAUGGAAGGGGCCGCUGCUGCGUUCGGUCUCGGCGUCAACGUUCUGACGGUUCUCGACUACGGUGGCCGAGCAACCUCGUAUGUGAAGCGAGCCGCCAACGGCCAAGAGCUCACAGAACUGCUCUACCGAGCCCAAGCAAGGGCCGAAUUGCUUCAAAGUCGCAUGCGGGGCAUUUUAGAGGCACGGCCUUGGGCGAGGGAGACAUUCUUGAUGGCGCAGGAGGUCGAGGUCGUGCUAAAGCAGCUCCUCGGACUGGUUGACAGAAUCCACGAUGCUCGCCACAGCUCCGGGUUCGGCCGUCUCAAGGCCGCAUUCGAGACGAUGCAGUGUCAGGCGGAGCUGAUCAUGGUCUACGAUCGGCUCGAGAGACUGCAAAGUCAGGCGAUUCAGCAGUCGUGCUUGCUGGAAAGUCAGAAAAGUCAUGCGCUCCUAGAGGACUCGGCGGAAUUGACCAGGCUCAUGCGCGAGGAGCGGCGUCUGGAACAAACUUUUCGAAACAAGGCAGACUGCAGACCAUACGAACUCCUCGGGGACGUGGUGUAUGAAGAUCACGUCCGCGUCGACCUGGGCAUGGGCGACGUGAUACGGGUCAGAGAUACAUAUAUCCUCCAGAGCCGAGAGACGACGGUGGGGUGGCUCAGCUGGAAGUUCUGCGAACAAAAGCGUCCAGGGUACCGGCAGCUUCAACACGGGGAAUUUGAGCUCCUCGACGACGCCAUGGACAUCAUAAACGAUUCAGCAUGGACAUUUCGCGUGCGGCCGGGCAUGAGGGUCAACAUGGCGUUCGUUAUGGGCACUUGGCACGGCAUUAGUGCGACCAAAUGCCUGCGUUGCCGAAAGCGAUACCACCCGCGGAUGGCGGGAAGAGAGUGGAAGCAUUGCCUUUCCUGCGGGCUUUGCCGCAAAGUUGUCCCCCCCGACGCCUACCCAUACGAGCCGGAGGAUGUCAGCGUCAGCAUAAGCCCAAAUGUUCUCCGAGAUCACCGCACUACCAAGCAGGGUCGGGCCACUACGGGCUUUGAGCAAGAAGGAAACGCUGGAACAGACAACAACACAAAGGCCAGUCCUUCGGUUCGUGUCGCUGCCGACGAAGAUGGACCCAGCUUAGAUGUUAUUUGCCGUCUAAUGAUCCUCAAAUGGGAACCGAUCUCACCAAUCACGCACCGAUACCUUCUCUGCCGCUGUGUUCUUCGGCUCAAUACUCCAUCUCGCCUCCACGGUAAUUUCGAGAUGACAAUCCCCACCGCCGCCAUCUGCCCAAGACACAACACUGGCGGUGUCAGGUGCAAGGACUACGGCGACCUCGUAAACAACCACGAGGACCCCUAUUUUCACAAGUUUGGUGGCUACGACGUGUUUCGAGACCAGGUUGCUCGAUGGGGCCUCGACGCCCUUGGCGGAGAUGCUUUCAUCACCCCACAGGAGAGGGCGAGAGCACGGCUGCGGGUUACUUCAAUGACCCCAGAGGAGCUGAAGCAGUGCAACAGCGCCUUCGAGGAGUACCACUACGAUUUGUCCUGUCACUUCGUGGCGAGCGGCGAGAGCAAAGCGGUGCCGCAAAGGUUUGCGAGCAGGUAUCGCGAGGAAAAGUUGUCUCGCGAACAGGACGAGAGCCUUCGUCCCACAUGGUCUGAAGUAUGGGGCAAAUCGGCCAUGAAGAAAGAGCUCGACCAGCUCGUUGGUGGUGUCUGGGAUGGAGUGCCACACUGGACGCCGAGGAUCUGAGCCGUGGUUAGUUUUGUUUGAAGGUGAAGUCUCAGCAAUCUGCAACAUCAUUCGACGGAUUGCCAUGAAUGCAUACAUUGCUGCCACUGCUUCUGCAGCUCAGCCACUCGUAGUUGCGGUUUCAAAGCGGGAACGUCAAAACAGAUUUGAGCACGCAAAGUUUGUGUCUUGAAGUGCUG